UCCCUCUGCUGUCAGCAAGUAUGGCCUCACCGACUCGACCAGUGACCGUUUCAUUGAAUGAUGUGUUUUGGCCCUCAUGUGACAUUUGGUUUGUGGUCGUCUUUGUCGCGUCGCCGCAUAGUGGCCAGGCCAUCUAGUGGCCUAAAACGUUGCCCAGAAUACGGCCUAUCCAAAAAUACCCAGGAUAAGCGACUCCCGCACUCCCGGCGCAGUCAAGCGUGUAUCACUAGUGCGAACCGCCAUUCAGCAGCUAGGUCGCAGCGGAGCGGGCUCUGCCGAAAUUCCCGCUAAUACUUUUGCUCUAUACCCUAUAACUAUAUUGGCACUAGUUAGUCACGGAAUCACUGGUGGUAACGAUUGUGUGCGGUGUAAGGGGUGAAUAGAAUGUGAAUGUGAUCGUGAAACCUAUCGCCCGACCUACACGUAGAAAUAUGUCUUGUCUCGCACGAGAUCCGAGUCGUAGGCACGGACCCUACAGUACCUAAACUCUCAGCGAACGCUGGCGUUCGGUUUGAUGGAGUGCGUGUCUUCCACAGUAUUUGGCGGCGUUUAGCGGCCAUUUUACCGUCUGGGUAGUAAGCGGUCUUCCACCAUCGUUGGGCUUCCGAGGUGUCCCCCCGCACGGCCGGUAUAGCCGCGCUGUAGCGUCGCCGAGAUGGAUGGCGGCGGAGGACCGUUGGAGCCAGGGGAGUCGGAGGAUGGCCCGGGAACACUGAUGGCAAAAUUUCUCGCUCUAGAAAAUGACAUGGCCACAAAGCUAGGAGCGAUACACUACGAUGAACGGGUCCGUGUAGUCUAUAACCCAUUGGAAUAUGCCCGCCAGACGCAUGAGUACUUCGUGCGAGCGUGUUUAUCAAGGGGCCGACCAAAAGUUGUUUUUCUUGGAAUGAAUCCUGGCCCGCACGGCAUGUCACAAAACGGGGUACCAUUUGGUGACACGGUUCCGGUUCGCGACUGGUUAUGCAUACGUGGUGAAGUACACAAACCCUAUCCUGAACAUCCGAAGCGGCCCGUCGAUGGCUUGCAGUGCUCGAAGACGGAGGUGUCGGGUAAGCGUUUCUGGGGUCUAAUGAAGGAACUGUGUGGCGGUGAUGCCAGCCGGUUUCUUCAAUCAUGUUAUGUGCACAACUUUUGUCCACUAAGCUUUAUGAUGGAGAACGGACGGAAUAUCACCCCGGACCAGUUGCGAGGUGAAGGCAAAAAGAAACUUCACGAGGUCUGCGACGAAUCGCUGCGGGAUGUUCUUGCCUUGCUUCGCCCCGAACUUGUUGUUGGCAUCGGGAAAUACGCCACGGAACGUGCACAAACAGCUGUCUCACGUUUGGAGUCUGCCGGCGGCAUGCGUGUCGAAGGCAUCGCACAUCCGAGUCCGGCAAGCCCUGAGGCAAACCAGGGCUGGCAUAAGCUCGCAAUGCAUCAACUUAACGGAGCUGGUCUACUUCAGUUGGUAGGCUGGUCCGUCUCGGAGGAUUUACUUCGAGAAGCAGCUGAAGAGGCGCAACGUAUCACAGCAGCAAAAAUUACUCGUUCUGCCAAAAUUAGUCGAUCGCCAACAAAGCGACGUUCAACAGACACUCCUGCAGGAGGCGGCACGAAUACCGGCAGUGCCGCACCCACCCCUGCCCCUGCGGCACCUCCUUCAAAACCCACCAGAAAAAAACGAUCUUCGAAAAGCGCCGACAGUGGAGCGGCUGCAACCCCCACAAACACGAACACAAAUGCCCCGCCCCCUGCGCCAGCGGGCGCUUCCGGAUCUCCUGCCAACGGUGCCACAUGGACCCCGUCACCUCAGACAACGACUGGAGUACCUGCAACGCCAGAGGCCAAACCCCCUACCUAUGAUAAUUUUAAUUCUGCAGCAGCUGGUUUUGCAGCAGCCGGCCUUGCCCCACAGCUCGGCCACACGCUCUGGCCACAACAUCCACAAUGGCCUGCUGCUACGGCCGCUCCGUUAUGGGGCGCAGCACCAAUACCCUAUUACAACGGCUAUACGCCAUACGGCUAUGAUCCUUCAAAACACUGGGCAGCAGCGACCCCGAACGCAGCGACUCAGUUUCGUUCACCCGCCGAAAACACUGCACCGAGUUGGAACUGGAGUCCAUUGGCCUUCCCGCCAGGCGCCACAACAGCGUCUACUCCACACAAGGACAACCUCACCGUUGCAGGCGCCCCUGGCAGCGCUCCGUCGCCGUACAACGUCCAGGCACCGCCAGGGACGAUGCCUUCCGGGCCAGGGGGCGUGGUGAACACCGGUUAUGGCAUUCAGCAGCAUGGCGGAACGCACGCCGGACAGCCGCAGCAACAGUUGGGGCAACAGCUAGCCCCGGGCCAGCUCGCCCCCCAGCCUAAUCCAGCGCACAUGGCGCAUCUGCAGUUACCCGCGCAGGUGUUCCAGCCCACGGCUGCACCAACCUCGGCCGCAGGUGUUCACCCGACUCAAACGUCUGUUAGCGGAGGUGCGCCCGUUUCAAUGUUCUCGUCACCAAUGGAUCUAGCCAGCCCAGCCAAUAGCUUGGCAUCGAUGCAGGCCGUACAGGCGGUUCAGGCAGCACAUCUGGCCGGAGGUGGCGGCGGAGUUGGUGUUGGUGUAGGACCAUACGACGCGGCUGCAAACGUCCGCUCGUUAGCGAGUAGCCACUUGUAUUCGUUACAAGAAACUUAAGAGGAGGCGACUUAGGACAACAAGACAAAUGGAAAACGCAUUGCGUGACAACAAAUAUGGAGUGACCCUUGAAAAGCAGCACACAUAAAUGGGCACAGAGCAAGAGAGGGAGAGGGAAAAGAGGAAGAUGUUGACGCUGAAAGCAAGGUGCAAGCCGGACGCGAGCGAAGACGUAUCGUAUCAACGAGAACACUAUCGUUAAUCGGGAUAAUAACGGCUGACGCAGAAAAUAAUGUUAGGAGCAGAUUGCGACGAAGAGAAGGAUAGGAAGAGCAGAAGAUACAACGGAUGAAGAGAAUGAAGAGCGUGAAUCUAUAGAUCUACAUUUAACACGCACACGUACACACAUACAAACACAGGAUGACGUUAAUCUGACCCAUUUAACAUGAACGUGACGAUAAGGAAAGAAUGAAGGCGAGAUUCGUAUUGGGGUCCGCCCAGAUCGAAGACGCCAAUUCAAUGGUUAGCGGCCAUUUGAGUGACGAGCACACUAUGGUCAAAGACAUUGAUUCGUUUUUAGCGUCCCGCAGAGAUCUUUCUUUUUAGCUAAAGACAGAAACACAUGGCGACCACAACAAAUUAAUACACUUCGUGUGUUUGUGCGCGAGAGGGGGAAGGGGGAGGGUAGGGCAAGAGAAAAUGGAAGCAGGACCUAAAAAAGCUAAAAAACUAGUGUUUGUGUGUGUAUGCGAGCGUAAACGGAGCCUAGUUAUUAUAUUAUUAUUAUAACUAUAAUGGAUUAUUAUUAUGACCUAAAAGAUUAUUAUUGAUGAUGAUGACUAUUACUAAUGUGUUACGUUACACAAGGAAAUGAAGAAGAACAUGAGGGAUAAAUGCGAUGUGGUAAGAAACACCAAUGAAGUAAACAGACAUCCCGCGAGCGCGCACACACACACACGCAAGAUAACGACCACACAAAUGCAACAAACACCCUCCUAUAUAUAUAUAUUAAAAAAAAAACAAUGCAUGCAGCAUAUUGUUAGCUUGGCAAAGCAAACGAAUUGAAGUGCAUGGGUUAGUUGAAGAUAUUGUCAGGAUAUCGGGUGGGAAGGAGUGCUGGGCUGGUAAAAAUGUAUGCAAGCAUUAAAAAUAGAGGUUGUUUGGCAUCAAAAAAAUGGGCGGCAGUAGCUGUUUCGGUUGCGUAAAGGUACAAGCGAUAAUGGUACGUGGCCAGUUGGGUAAAAUGGGAGGGUAAAAGGAAAAACGACAACGAUAAAUAAUCAUAAUAGACAGACAAAUGUUACCGUGUUGUAUGGCGGUUAUAGCAACAAAAAAAUGAAACUAUAAAAACAUGACAAAUUAAACAUGUUGUUCAUUGAUCACCACCCACGAUAUAUAUAUAUAUAUAUAUAUAUAUAUAUAUAUAUAUAUAUAUAUAUAUAUAUGUGUUCAUCCCUCUUAUUCAUGACGUCUCACACGACAAAAAUACGAAUUUUUGGCGAGCGAAGGCUGAAGGCACACAUGACAGCAGCGGCAGCAGCCACAAGAAUAACAACGAUGAUUUUCAAGAUGACGAAAGAGAAAGAAAGAAGAUAUAAUACUAGUAUAUAAAUUAAUACUAUAUUGAUAUUAUUAAUAAUAGCAUUAUUAUUAUUAGUCGCGUUAAACACUUUACUGGCCAGACGACGCGAUCUCGUAACUAUAAGAAAAAUGAUGAUUAUAAUAAUUAAUAAUGAUAAUUAACUGUGAAUUAUUACAUUGGAGACGUAAGAAUGGACAAUAAUGUGACGGCAACAAUGAAAAUAAUUCGACUGUAAAUUGUGCAAAACGAAAAAAAAAAACAGUGAAGGUUAACAACAGCGCAACGGAAAGAAAAUGACAUGCAACAAUAAAUCCACAGCGAAGGUAACCACGACAAAAUUACGAGCUGGAGUUACAUUAAACACCAGUAGAUCAAGGAACGUAAAUAAUACCGCAGCGAUUACAUAGCCAGGUGAUGUUAGGGCAACAUGGAGGAGACAAACGAAUCACUAUCAUAUACAGUGUAUAUAUCUACAUGGUGAAAUGCUAUUGAAACGACGGAAAAACAGACGGAAAGAUCAUCCUAUGUAGCAGAACGAAGGGUGCCGGUCAGAAAAAGCGCCCGACGUUGUCAUACAACAGAUAGUCGUGCGGUAAGAGGAAAUUUGUCGGUGAUAGCAAGAUAGGAACAGAAGAGGCAGAGAGCGGUAGGAGAAAGCAGACAAAGAUGACGAAGAUUGUACUUGUAAAAUGUAUUACAUUUGUGUGUAAUGUUACUUCAAACAAUUUAUGUAUCUAUUGUACGUUAACUAGGGUGAAACUAAACUAAAAAAGAAACUAGGGAAGAGUUAGAGUUGAUAAACGCAACCCGCCAGGUGGCAGAGGCCAACAACAGAUGAAAAUGACUAAAUACUACAUAUAAAUCUGUAGGAUUCGUUCUGCCAAACAUUUCGAUAUGGCAGCAACAACAGUAACAAACAGUAGGACGAAACACCAACAAGACACGUCAUGAAUACCAUAAACAAUUAGUAUUAGAAACGCAAAGAACGUGAAAUAACAAAGGGCGGGGGAGGCACAUAUUAUACAAGCACUUUGAUAAAGACAUGCACGGUAGCAGACGACGUGCGAAGAUCAGCGAGAGUAGUUUUUGGGGAAUAGAGUAGGGAUAUUUGAAACAGAGACUCUGACGUUUGGUGAAACGCAGAGAGGCAUGCUACAGUUGUGAAAAUACUGCAGCAGUACUGACCACACGAAACAAGGAAAACACGUGCAAAGCAGACAGCAAUACACAUUACGACAUAGUCAACAACUGCAACGGUUACCAUAAUGGCAAGAACUACGGACGACAACAGCGCUAACAAUGACAACAAAA